AUGUCAUCAGCUCCAGCAGCUGGUCUAGGAGGACACCUGGUGGUGAACGGUAGUUACCACAUCCUCCACAUGUAUAAGACACCAUCUAGUGGUCAACUGUCGUCAUCACACCCUCCACACAUAUACACAUACCAUCUAGUGAGCCCCGGAUCCGAACCACACUCCAUCCUGGACUGCAACCGGGUGCAGUGCCUUCAGCUGAGCCCGAGUGAGCACUGCAGUGAAUGCCCUCCUCCACACCCCAACGACACUGCCUCCUGUCUGCACAAGGAGUCUCCCCACUUCCUGACGGCCCACGCCGGCGAAUCAGUGGUGCUUCCUUGUCAUGUGACGCAGCCGCGCGUCGUGAUUGGCCAACAGACCUCCUACGUGGUGGAGUGGUUUAAAGCCGGAAACCCCAUCCCUAUAUUCAUCAGCUUCAGAUUCUACCCACCACACGUGGACCCUGACUACACAGGUCGUGUGUCGCUACAGGGGAAGUGGUCUCUGCGUGUGGAGCGGGUGGUGGCUGAGGAUCACGGCUGGUACGAGUGUAAAAUUCUGGUUCUGGAGCAGCAGUACGAUGGAUUCCAGAACGGAACCUGGGUACACCUCACUGUCAACGCUCCACCCUCAUUCCGCCAGACUCCGCCCCCCUAUGUGGAGGCCCAGGAGGGUAUGUCUGUCACUCUGACCUGCGUCGCCAAUGGCAACCCUACGCCGACUGUUGAUUGGCUACGAGAAGGGAAGGUCCUAUUUGGCAACGAGAAAUACAAGGUGAGUGAUGGCAGUUUGACCUUGGCGACUGUCACCAGGGACGAUCGAGGAGGAUACAGCUGCCGAGCGUCAAGCCAGCAGGGAGAAGCAGUACACACCACACGACUACUCGUGCAAGGUCCUCCCUUCAUCCUCUCUCCUCCGGAGAACGUCACCCUCAACAUUUCCCAGGAUGCCUUGUUCACCUGUCAAUCAGAGGCGUAUCCCGGCAACCUCACCUACACCUGGCUCCUGGGGGACGACAACGUCUUCUUUAAAAACGGUCUGAAGAGGCGUGUCAGCAUCUUGAUUGACGGCUCCCUGAUCGUAUCACGCGUCACCCCAGAGGAUGCUGGGAAGUACACCUGUCGCCCCAGCAACGGACUUGGCACCGCCCCCUCAGCCUCAGCAUACCUCACCGUGCAGUAUCCUGCUCGUGUAGUGAACAUGCCCUCUGUGAUAUACGGGGCCCUUGGUUACCAUGGUUACAUCCGCUGUCCCGCCGACGCCAACCCGCCCGUCAGCCGAAUCACCUGGAGGAAGGACGGCCUGCCCCUACGCAUAGAGAAGCAUCCGGGCUGGAGCCAGAUUGCUGAUGGGAAUAUCGUGGUUGCCGAGGUAACUGAGGAUAUGUUGGGGUCGUACACCUGCACACCUUACAACACCCUGGGGACCACCGGCCCCUCACGCGAAGCCACGCUGGUGCUCAAGGACGCCCCUAAGCUUUUGGCCGUGCCGGCAGGAGAGUACAGACAGGAAGUGGGGAGAGAGCUGACCGUACCCUGCGAAGCGGACACCAACAUCACCUGGAGAAAGGUGGGCCCCCCCUCUCCUCACCAGCACUCGGUGCUGCCCCACGGCAGCCUCCACUUCCUGUCUCUCGCCAAAGAGGAUCAUGGGACAUGGGAGUGUGUCGCCACCAACGAGGCCACCAGCGUCACUGCCACUACCAAGCUGCUGGUCUCAGGCACCACCCCUCAUGCUCCAUUGGAUAUCCGCGUUGCUGUGACGGCCACUGCAGCCAAUGUCUCCUGGGAGCCCUCAUACGACGGAGGAUACACACAGAGCUUCAGCGUUUGGUACACACACACACACAGCUUCAGCGUCUGGGUAAAGCGUGAGUCUCUGGGGGCGCAUGACUGGCUGUCUCUGCCGGCCCCCACCAGAGGGCAGCACUGGCUCCUCCUGAAGGGACUGCAGCCCCGCACCAGCUACCAGUUCAGCGUCCUCGCCAACAACAAGAUGGGCAACGCACACUUCAGCGAAGUAGUCUCCGCAAUUACACUAGACUCUCCCCUGAUUACCCAUGAACCUCCGCUGGUGCUGACUCCGCCCCGCUGCCUGACGGCCAAUAGGACGCAGCAGGGGAUAGUGCUUAGCUGGAUUCCACCGGCCAAUCACAGCCUUCCUCUCGACCGCUACGUUCUCGAAUUCCGAUUGGCUGAGAGGUGGGAGGUGCUGGACGAUUCCGUCCUACCAGGAGACACCGAGUUCCUAGCUCGCGAACUGCAGGAGGCCUGGUAUGAGUUCAGGGUGAUGGCGGUGAUGGAGGACAUGGUGAGCGACCCCAGCAACGUAGUGGGAGUCUCCAGCUCAGAUGCGUUCCCUCCUCCUGAGGUGGCUGAUGAGUCUCUGGCUCGCCCCCUGGUGGCUGGUGCGGUGGCUACAGUGUGUUUCCUGGCCUCUGGGGUGGUCUUCAGCAUCAUGGCCAUGUGUGCUGUCAGCCAACGCAGGGAGAGGAGGAGGAAGGCUCGCAGGAGAAGAGAUCCGCCUCUCUCCAUCACACAUUGCAAGAAGUCUGUUGGCACGCCGUCGUCGUCUGAGAAGGUGAGCCCGGAGAGUUCCCGGUCCGCAGGCCCCCAGUCGGGCUCCUCGGAGGAGCGCCUGCCCGAAAAGCAGCACCAGCCGCCGCCCCUGCCCCCCGCCUCGCCCCGCCGCGACCCCCGCGACCCCCGCGAGAGGGAGAAGGAGAGGGGAGACAUCUCACUAUCGCUCUACCGCUCAGCCAAGAGGGCCAUCAGCAGCAAACGGCCACGCCUUGGCAGGGCACCCCCCCACGACAGCCCACCUCAGGGCCCUAUUGAGUUGAUCAGUCGUGGUCCUGAUGGCCGCUUCACGACCGAGUCCCCCCGGGGAGCCAGGGGGCGCCACACCCCGCGGCGAGACAUGCGGCAACAGCAGCAGCAGCAGCAGCGCAUCCAGGGCUUCCCAUUCGUCGAGGAGUCCGACAUGUACCCAGAGUUCCGCCAAUCGGAUGAGGAGGAGGAGGAUCCAGGGCGUGUGUCGUACGUGCCGUCCACCAUGGUGAUGCGGGGGGGUUUGCGGCCCCCUCACAUGUCCCCGUUGUCUUCCAGUCAGGACUCGUACCCCCGACCCCCCGCCUACAGCCCCCGGCUGCAGCGGCCAUUCCAGGGCUACACGGUGCUGCGUCCGCCCCUCGCCCCGCCCCCCCUCGACCCCCACGCCUUCCCAGCGGGCUUUGCGGCCUUCCCCGGCGGCCAUUUCUACGACUACAGCCUGGACCCCGACCCCCCGCCGCCCUUCUACCUGGCCGAGAUGAGCCCCCUACGGAGUUCCAUCAUGUCGUCUCCUGCGUACCCAUUGGACGUCUCCUUCGGGGUUCCCCCGCCGCUAUUGGAGGAGCUGACUGAGGAGGAGGAGCUUCAGCCGUUCUACUCCUCAUCGGGGGUGGAGCUCAGCUCGGGGGUGGAGUUGAGCUCUGGUGUGGAGCUGAGUGGCUCGGAGGUGUGGCAGGGUGGUGAGGGGGGCCUGUCAGGACGCUUCUCUGGGAUGGAGGGGCCCCACCUCAUGUUCCCCAUCUACCACCACCUGCACCUGCACCACCGAGGAUUGGAGCCGCCCCUACCCCCCCUGCUCCCCGUGCCGCCCCCUCCCCUCCUGCCGCCCCCCAACAUCCCGGCCUUCACCCCCUACCCCCGCGUUCUGCCCCUCGAACCCUCCAAACUGCGGCCCCGCAAGUCCCCCAGCAAGGUCCGGGGCACCCAGGGGCCGGGGCUGCUGUCCAAGGAGCUGCCCCAGCUGCGGCACUCCUCCCCUGGGCUGCUCUCCAAGGAGCUCCCCCUGCCCCAGCUGAGACACACCUCCCAGGGACUGGGGGUCCCUGUGCUGCCAUUCCUGCCAGAGCCCGAACCCCCCCUCGGGUACUACUCAUACUAA